GACAAAUUAAAGAGUGUUUCUGUAUAUCUCUCUCUGUCCACCUGUUUUGUCUUCUUACUUCGAAACUCUCUCUCCAUCUCUCCCUCUCUCUCUCUGUCUCUCAACUAAACCCAUAUCAACAUGAUGAUGCCAGAUGAUCAUCAUCAUCAUCACCUCUCAUUUCCCAGCUAUGUCCUUCACCAAGAACACAUCACACCAAAUGAUCCUAACCCUAACCCUAAUGCUACCUCUUCUAACUCAGCCAAGAGGAAGAGAAAUCUACCGGGAAAUCCAGAUCCAGAUGCAGAAGUCAUCGCUCUAUCGCCAAACUCACUCAUGGCGACUAACCGAUUCAUAUGCGAGGUUUGCAACAAAGGGUUUAAGAGAGACCAGAACCUUCAGCUUCACCGUAGAGGUCAUAACCUUCCAUGGAAGCUAAAGCAAAGGACUAACAAGGAGCUAGUUAAGAAAAAAGUGUACAUCUGUCCCGAGAAGACUUGCGUACACCACGACCCGGCCCGAGCCCUUGGUGACUUAACGGGAAUCAAGAAGCAUUUUAGCAGGAAACAUGGUGAGAAGAAGUGGAAAUGUGAAAAGUGUUCCAAGAAGUAUGCUGUCAUGUCCGAUUGGAAAGCUCAUAGCAAGAUUUGUGGUACUAGAGAAUACAGAUGUGACUGUGGUACCCUCUUUUCCAGGAAGGAUAGUUUUAUUACACAUAGAGCAUUCUGUGAUGCCUUAGCUGAAGAGAGUGCUAGAUUUGUCUCAGUUCCACCAGCUGCAGCUCCAGCCACACCCGGAUAUUUAAACAAUGCCCCGGACGCAGAAAUCAACCUUGGAAACAUCAAUCCAAAUCAUCAACAUGGACAGCUUAAUACUACAUCUUCCCAAUUGGAUCAUCAACAAGGUUUCAAUUUCAACCGCCAAGCCUUUUUGGGACAAACCUUCACCAACCAGCUUCCCACCACACAAACCAAUGUUUUUGCCUCUCCAUCAACUCGUAGCCCAUCCGACUCGCUUCAAAAUCUAUGGCAAUUACAAGGACAAUCAUCUCACCAAUGGCUUCUCAACGAAAACAACAAUAACAACAUCCUCCAAAGGGGAAUCUCCAAGAAUGAAGAAGAACAUGAGAUCAAAAACGUUGUAACUAGUGGUUCUUUGUUCUCUUCGGAAUCACACAACAACUCUAAUAACUACAACCAAAACGGUGGACAAGUAACAUCCAUGUCAGCCACGGCAUUGCUACAAAAGGCAGCUCAAAUGGGAUCAAAGAGAUCAUCAUCAAGCUCAAACAAUAGCAAGGCUUUUGGUCUAAUGAGUACCACAUCCAUCUUCAACAACAAGCAAACGGAGAAUAUCAAAACUAAAGAAGUUGAUGAAGGAGGCUUCACUAGAGACUUUCUUGGUGUGGGAAGUCAACACCGUACUUGGCCAUUAAUGAUGGUCAACCAUAAUAUUCCCGACUCGUCUCCUCCUGCCAACGCCGACGGUACACCAACCGCCGACAGGAACCAGUAGUUUGGUAAAAACACAUCGUUGUCCAUGUAUAUGAUAAAGAAACGUAAACUAUUUAAGACCAAGUGACGAGAGGACAGCUUAAGCACGGCGGAGAAACACCGUGAGAGAUGAGUUUUUUUUACUCGGAGAGAAUCUCUGAGUUAACUCGGUGGUGCAUACUGGGUCCACUCGGUUGACGGAGAUGGGAAGCUAAUUCGGGUCCACUUCUGCAUGCAUGGCGAAGCGUCUGAACUCUGAACAUGCAUGCACAGCAAAGCAUACGCUAUGUCUUUUCUCAUUCUUGUUUUUUUUUUUUUUUCUUUCUUGUAAUUAUUUCAUGCUUUAAAGUUUUGAAAGAACUUAAAAAGAAACAAGGAAAAGAACUUAAACUUUAAGUCGUUGUACCUUUUUGUUUUUUUCCUUGUAUAAAGGUUAAACUUUUGUAUUGUUA